GUUCGGCUAUUUCCGUGUAGUCUUCCACCUCCAUUUUGUCGUCUUGCGUGCUGUUGGCAGAGGAACUGUAGAUACUGAAGAUCUUGUCGUAGGGACAGAUUCUCCGGCAAUGGACGGCAUUGUCAGUGAUGUUGCUGUUGGCGUAAAGAGAGGAUCAGACGAGCUGCUGUCUAGCAGUCUGUACAGCAGUCCGAGCUCUGGAAUGAGCAAUAUCGUCACCGCAAAUGGAAAUGACAGCAAAAAGCUGAGAGUGGAAGACAGAAUGGACUGCCCCCCCUCUCGUGUCCUUCACAUCCGAAAGCUCCCCAAUGAGGUAUCGGAGACAGAGGUCAUUGCCCUGGGGCUGCCUUUCGGGAAAGUCACCAAUAUCCUGACGCUCAAAGGGAAAAAUCAGGCAUUCUUGGAGCUUGGGACUGAGGAGGCAGCAAUGACAAUGGUCAACUACUACACUGCUGUUACCCCUCAUGUUCGCAACGUGCCUGUUUUCAUCCAGUACUCCAAUCACAAAGAGUUGAAAACCGACAGUGCCGGAAACCAGCGAGCUCAAGCUGUCCUUCAGGCUGUAUCGGCUGUCCAGGCAGGAGGAACACCCACGUCAGGCUCAACGGCCAGCGAGAGCGCGCUAACUCCCGCCCCGAGCCCCGUCCUCAGAAUAAUCAUCGACAACAUGUUCUACCCCGUCACACUGGACGUCCUUCAGCAGAUUUUUUCGAAGUUCGGAACGGUCAUGAAGAUCAUCACAUUCACAAAGAACAACCAGUUCCAAGCUUUGCUGCAGUUUAAUGAUCCUGUGAACGCUCAGCAAGCCAAACUGGCCCUGGACGGUCAGAACAUCUACAACGCCUGCUGCACAUUGCGCAUCGACUUCUCCAAGCUGGUCAACCUAAACGUCAAGUACAACAAUGACAAGAGCCGGGACUACACCAGGCCGGAGCUGCCCGCGGGAGACGGGCAGCCGGCCGUGGACCCGUCGGUCGCUGCGGCCUUCAACAAGGACUCCACCUCGCUGCUCGGUACUCCAUCUGGAAUGGUAGCUCCAUAUUCUAGUGGUGGAGGGUUUCCGUCUUCUCUUGGCUUUGCACAGGGUGGAGGAGCCUUGAGUCCGCUGAGCGCGGCGGCUGCAGCAGCCGCUGCCGCUGGGAGGGUGGCUCUGUCCGGGCACUCGGGCUCCAGCGGCGUUCUGCUCGUCAGCAACCUCAACGAGGAGAUGGUUACGCCCCAAAGUCUGUUUACCCUCUUCGGCGUUUAUGGUGAUGCUCAACGCGUGAAGAUACUGUAUAAUAAGAAAGACAGUGCACUUAUACAAAUGGCAGAUGCAAAUCAAGCCCAAUUAGCAAUGAGUCAUCUAAACGGUCAGAAGAUGUAUGGAAAAAUCAUCCGGGUGACUUUGUCGAAGCACCAAACGGUACAGCUACCAAGGGAAGGACUGGACGACCAAGGGCUCACAAAAGACUUUACGAACUCUCCGUUGCAUCGCUUCAAAAAGCCCGGCUCGAAGAACUUCCAGAACAUCUUUCCUCCCUCCGCUACCCUCCAUCUGUCUAACAUCCCACAAGACGUAACCGAAGAAGACCUCAGACUACUGUUCUCCAACACCGGUGGCACUGUGAAAGCCUUCAAAUUUUUCCAGGAUCACAAAAUGGCCCUGUUGCAAAUGUCGACUGUUGAAGAAGCGAUACAAGCCCUGAUAGACCUCCACAAUUACAACAUGGGAGACAACCAUCACCUGAGAGUCUCCUUCUCCAAAUCCACCAUCUGAACACAGCGCCCAUGCUGGUCCACGUCUUCAUGCUGUCUAGCAGCAUUACCCAUUGACUUUUUCCGGACAUUGGGGACCACUUUGACACAUUACGUUGCGUCAGUCAUUCCUUAAGAAAAUAUGGAUUAUCAAGUAAAAAACAUUUGAGAAAAUGGUUAUACUUGGUGUGCUUUCACAAGACGAUUCCCACCCACCCUCCCUCCUUGAUAUGUUAAGCCAGCCAUUAACCUCUUCCCAUUUCUUCAUAUGAAGGAAGCGAGUUGGGUCCUCUCUAUUAUAAUUAGUUGACAAUAUGUGCCUUACUUGAUAAAAUAGUAUCAUCACUUUUACAUCUGUACAAUUGAUAGUAGUCGGCUGUUUAGGCACAUUGGAUCUGAUGGUAUUUGAUGUUGAUUUGUAAAAAAAUAAUUUUUUUUUUCUCCCCAUUUUUGUUUAUCUGUACAGUUUGUGAAGUUCGGCGAUUUGAAAGUGUAUUCUUGUUUAGCUCUGAUCUAAUUUUUCAUUUUUUGUUUUUCUUUUUAAAUUCAUCUUUGGUUGUUACAGAAUGAAGAACGGUGGAAAAAGAUUUGGAAUGAAUGGUGACGCUUGAAGAAACCAUGAUUUUGUAAUGCAUACUGAGGGGCUUUAUGACAACAGAAGGUCGAGUUUUAACCUGGGUUUAAUUGCAGUAAGAUCAUUUUAACCUUUUUAAAACCUUGUUUACACUCCGUACCCACCGCUGAUUAUAGUAUAAAUGUUGCUUGUGACUGAAUAUACUUUAGGUGUUGUUCAACCUUCCCUAUGUGCAUUUAUUGCCAUUUUUUUGUUUGUAUUCAAGAUUUAAAAUGGCUGUGGUUUUCUGAGCAUGUACUGACUGGUCUAAAUAGUUCUGGGACAAACUGCUGUUGCAUGCAUUUGUAAAAAGCUAACAGAAGUGAGCCUAUAGUGAUGUCAUCGUGUGGCAGUUUUCUGAAGAGGACAACCUGAUGGGACCAAAGUUUAUGUGCCUUUAGUCUUAAUUUACAUUGCAUUGUAAAAAAGAAGAAAAAAAGUAAGAAAAAAAAAUCCUUUUUUGAACCUCAAAUAUUUUGUAUUUCAAAAAAUAAGCAUUCAGACUUUAUAGCAAACAUGGCUCAUAUUUGACAAGAAAAUUCUUUGGACGGUUAUUUGAUCACAACUGUAUCCACCCUCGUUUCAGGAAUGAAUCUAUGACCCAAUCCCCAUCCCCUUCCAACAAAAACCCCCCACCCUACACUUCUCAGAUACAGUAGGUGGUGCAUCUAAGAACAAUAAUACAAACGAUGGCUGUCUUGAGGGGGGGAAAAAAGAAGAAAAAAAAGUCAUGUAUAUUUUCUAUAUUAGUUGAGUUUUUACAUCUUUAGUAAUGUAAAAUUCAGUAUAGUUUGGAAGCGGCACAAUUAAAGGUUAAUUUUUCUAACAA